AUGGAAUCUAAGAGAGAGUUCGACCUGAUUCUCUUAGGCCCAACUGGUUACACGGGUAGACUCUGUGCGGAGCAUAUUGUCAAGAACUUCCCUACAGGCAUCAGAUGGGCUUUAGCAGGGCGUUCGCCCCAGAAGAUCGAGACAAUUGCUCGGGAUCUCAAGACUUUGAACCCCGAUCGCGCCGAACCAGUGAUCCUGGCUGUACAACUCAUUCGGGAGGAACUACACUCUUUGGCUCGGAAAACACGCGUACUUUUAAACUGCAUUGGCCCAUAUCAUUUGUACUCAACCCCUAUUGUUGAAGCUUGCGCCAGCAACGGGACGCAUUAUCUUGAUGUAACUGGAGAAACGCCUUGGAUCAAGAACAUCAUCGAAAAGUACCACGAAACCGCCAAGUCGAAUGGUGCUAUAAUAAUUCCCUCUGUCGGUGUUGAGAGUGCUCCUGCAGAUGUACUAGCCUGGGCCCUUGUCAAGCGUAUACGUGAGGAACUAUCAUGCGAUACCAAAGAAAUUACGUGCGCAAUUGAUGACUUGAAGACCUCGGGAGCAAGUGGUGGCACUCUUGCUACAAUCUUGACUAUGUUUGACAGCCUCUCGGUCUUUGAGAUACUUAAGGCAACAGGCCCAUUUGAACUCGCCGCUUCCUCACCGCCAAAGUCUAUUCCUAGCGAACCAUUCAUGGAAAAGGUGCUGGGCGUCCGCUCAGUCCGUGAUAUGGGUACUCUCACAACUGCCCCAACAGCAGUGGCUGACAUCGCUAUUGUACACCGGAGUAGUACGUUAAUGCCGGAGUUCUACGGGCCUCGGUUUCACUUUAGACAGUUCCUGAAGGUCAGGAACGUGUUUAUUGGUGUUGCAAUUCACUUUGCCUUUGUUAUCGGCAUGUUACUUUUGCUUCUGCCCCCAGUCCGGUGGCUCUUAAGACAGUAUGUCUACGCGCCCGGCAGUGGACCCCGCAUGGAGGACUCAAUCCAUGAUCGGCUGGAAUACCGUGCCGUAGCGACAGCUGAUCAGCGUGCACCGGAUCCCAAGCGUGCCUUGGGAAAAUUGAGAUACCAGGGAACAAUGUAUGUUUUCACGGGGCUCUUGCUGGCAGAGGCCGCCAUGACCAUCCUAGAAAACGAGGAGAAGGUAAAGAAAGUGUCUCGCUGUGGUCUUGUCACCCCAGCCACCUUAGGACAGGAAUACAUUGACCGCCUAGAGAAGGUUGGAUGUCACAUCGAGACCCAAGUUUUCAAAUACUGA